AUGACUCCUCUUGGAAUAGGACGCAUCGUGUUUUUAUCGAUCAUAUCGAUACUCUCAGCCGCUACUGCUGGUCUCUCGGCGUACCGGCUCGCUUUUAUUGCAUCCCUCGAGCACUCGAUAAGGGGUUACGACUUUCUCGGUCUCUUGUUCGCGGCAGGAAUAAUAACAGUACUGACGAUCUCUGUCGUGCGUAUCUGUGACUGGUCGGUGAGGGAAUCGUGGUUGUCUCGCACUGUAGUCGAGUUGUCGUGGUUAGGUGUCCUCUGGGUACUAUGGAUGGCCACCGCAGGGUACACCACCUCGCUCCUCGCACUACUUGAUCUCGGUAACUGUGCCGACUAUUACGGUACAGGGUCCACGCUCUGUUCUGAAGCCGAAGCAGUGCAAGCGCUGGCCUGGCUCACCUGGUUAUGCAUCGGUGCCCUCUUCACCUGGGAGCUUGUAUUCGCCAUCGUUGCCCACCAACGUGGUUUUCCCGGGAUCUGGCUGGCACAGGGAUGGAGGCACGUGGUCGGCUCUCGACCCGAUCUCGUAGGCGGCGCAGGAGGCAAAUAUGCCAGCGUGGGAGCUCAGGACUAUGGGAUGGACCAGAUGAAGGCGUAUGACGCGCCUUUCGUCCCUCAACAGCAGCAGAGCUGGGGUCAGCCGCACCCCCAUCAGGGGGGGCAGCGGUACGAUGAGGGACCAUAUGGCCCACAAGGGCUACAGACUAAGGGGCAGCCAAUGGGCAUGUACAACCAGCCCCAGUGGGGCCAACCAUAUGGUGGUUAUGGUGGGCAACAGGAUCCUUACGGUGCUCCGAAGCCUUCUUCUCAGCUGGAAAACCAACUUCACAUACAGGUGGCAUCCAAUUCCGGCCACUCAGAUUUUAGUUCGCCGCCACCCCAACCACCUCAGCCUCAGCCUCAACAACAACCUCGACAACAAACUCAACAACAAUACCAACAAGUUCCCGCGGGAUCGAGCCAGGCCCACACCCAGCUCGCUCAGACAUACGGCCAGAAAACGCCUGGUCUUAGUCCACCCUCUACGAUGCGGGCGCUUCCCCCACCUGGUCGUCAAAGUCAGCGUGGGCAGGGGAUGCAGGGCUCUCCACCAGGUGCGGGACCAGCACAAAAUCCAUACGCGCCGAGGGGUCAGCAGGGGUACUAUGGUCGAGCUGAGGUGUAG